AUGACUGCAGAAAAGCGUAUACCGUUACAUGAAUUACGUGAGAUUACAAAUGGAUUCUCAGUGGACUCAAGAAUAGGACAGGGUGGGUAUGGAGAUGUUUACAAGGGACUGUACAAAGGAAGAGAUGUUGCUGUGAAGUUGCUUCAUGUUGAUACGAUACAAGGAAUUGAUGAUCAACAAUAUCUCAAUGAAGUUGGUAACCUUUUGAGGGUUAAGCAUCCAAAUAUCGUGCAGUUACUUGGUUAUAGUUAUGAAACAACUUCUGAAUUGGUUGAACACAAGGGUAAGCAAGGUCUUAGUAAACACAUAUAUAGAGUCCUCUGCUUCGAGUACUUGCAGGGUGAAAGCCUAGACAAGCGUCUUCCUGAAGAAUCUUUUGCACCUGAUUGGAGCAUACGUUACAUGAUUAUAAAGGGCAUUUGUGAAGGAUUAAAUUUCCUUCACAGGUGUGAACCACCAAUUUUUCAUCUUGAUCUAAAGCCUGCCAAUAUAUUACUAGACAGUUCCAUGAUGCCUAAAGUGGCAGAUUUUGGAUUGUCAAGGGUCAUCAGUCAAUCACACACUCAAGUCACAAAACAAAUCAAAGGAACCCAGGCGUACAUGCCACCAGAAUUCAUAAAAGAUGGCUAUAUCUCACGUAAGAAUGAUGUCUUCAGUUUAGGACUUGUGAUGAUAGAGAUAAUGACAGGGUCUUUGGGUUACUCCGGUCAUAUAGAAAUGGACGAAGUCGUGCAAUUUACACAGAAGGUACUUAGCAAUUGGAAGAAUAGGAUAAAGGCCACUUCAGAGUACCCAUUAGAGGAAUCACAUCAAGUGCAGACAUGCAUCGACACAGCAAUGCGUUGUAUGGAACUUGACAGAAACAAUCGACCAACUAUAGCAGAAGUACUGGAUACUCUGAACAAGACAGAAACUCAUAUUCCCAAGAGACAGGAACAGAAAGACUAG